UCUCAGCUCCCGUUUUGUGUGUGUUGGGGGGAUGGGGCCGUGUCGAGGAUGAGAGACUCAAAAUAUUUACCACUCGGCUAACUAAAUAUCUUUUUUUCUGAACUGGGCUUCCUCCUUCGGUCUUGUACAUAUAUAUACUUUUCGAUCCCGCAUGAGUUUGGGCGGAAUUUGUCCUAAAUAAAGUGGAGUAUCUGUACGUCCACGACACACGCUUAAAAAGUCGACAAAAUGUAUUCCUCUACUGGAGCCACCGAGAUGCAGGAGGCACCCCCCCGUUCCUCCGGGUCAACAGGCUCUGACCCCCCUGAUUUAGACCCGCCAUCCUCCCCAGUGCCAGAAUAUGUGUUCAAGCCACCAUCUCGGCCAGACUUUGGCACCAUGGGCAGGACCAUCAAGCUCCAAGCCAACUUCUUCGAGAUGGAAAUCCCCAAACUGGAGGUUUACCAUUAUGACAUCGACAUUAAGCCUGAGAAAUGCCCCAGGAGGGUCAACCGUGAAAUUGUGGAGCACAUGGUCCAGCACUUUAAAACGCAGAUCUUUGGUGAUCGUAAGCCGGUGUACGACGGGAGGAAGAAUCUGUACACUGCCAUGCCUUUGCCCAUAGGCAGAGACAAAGUGGAGCUUGAGGUUACCAUUCCUGGUGAAGGCAAAGACCGCAGCUUCAAAGUUUCCAUCAAGUGGGUCUCCUGCGUGAGCCUGCAGGCGCUGCACGAGGCUCUGGCCGGGCGGCUACCCAGCGUCCCCUUCGAGACCGUCCAAGCCUUGGAUGUGGUCAUGAGACAUUUACCCUCUAUGAGGUACACCCCUGUGGGCCGCUCUUUCUUCACCCCCUCAGAGGGAUGUUCGAACCCCCUCGGUGGAGGCAGAGAGGUGUGGUUCGGCUUCCACCAGUCUGUCAGGCCUUCCCUUUGGAAAAUGAUGCUCAACAUCGACGUUUCUGCCACUGCAUUCUACAAAGCCCAGCCUGUAAUUGAGUUCAUGUGUGAGGUCCUGGAUUUCAAAAGCAUUGAAGAACAACAGAAGCCCUUAACAGACUCCCAACGAGUGAAAUUUACAAAGGAAAUCAAAGGCCUGAAGGUGGAGAUCACUCACUGUGGGCAGAUGAAGAGGAAGUACAGAGUGUGCAACGUGACCAGAAGACCAGCCAGCCACCAAACGUUCCCCCUGCAGCAGGAAAAUGGCCAAACUAUUGAAUGCACAGUAGCACAGUACUUCAAAGACAAGUACAAGCUCAUCCUGAGAUACCCCCACCUCCCGUGUCUUCAGGUGGGACAGGAGCAGAAGCACACCUACCUACCUCUAGAGGUGUGUAACAUAGUGGCAGGACAGCGCUGCAUCAAAAAGCUGACAGACAAUCAGACCUCCACUAUGAUUCGUGCCACAGCCCGAUCGGCCCCAGACCGUCAGGACGAGAUCAGUAAAUUGAUGAGGAGUGCCAACUUCAACAACGACCCUUACGUUCGUGAGUUUGGAGUGAUGGUGAGGGACGAGAUGACAGAAGUGAACGGCCGUGUCCUCCAAGCACCUUCCAUUCUGUACGGAGGCAGGUGUCAUUCCAAUGUUCAGAACAAAGCAAUAGCCACACCGAUCCAGGGAGUCUGGGACAUGAGGAACAAGCAGUUCCACACCGGCAUCGAGAUCAAAGUGUGGGCCAUCGCCUGCUUCGCCCCUCAGAGACAGUGCACUGAACUCCUGCUCAAAGCAUUCACAGAUCAGCUGAGGAAGAUCUCCAGGGACGCAGGGAUGCCCAUCCAGGGCCAGCCUUGCUUCUGUAAAUACGCCCAGGGAGCGGACAGCGUGGAGCCCAUGUUCAGACACCUCAAGUACACUUACCAGGGCCUCCAGCUGGUGGUGGUCAUCCUCCCGGGAAAGACUCCUGUCUACGCUGAGGUGAAGCGUGUCGGGGACACAGUUCUUGGCAUGGCCACGCAGUGUGUGCAGGUGAAGAAUGUUCAGAAGACGACGCCUCAGACCCUCUCCAACCUCUGUCUGAAGAUCAACGUCAAGCUGGGCGGAGUCAAUAACAUCCUCCUCCCGCAGGGCAGGCCGUUGGUCUUCCAGCAGCCUGUCAUCUUCCUUGGUGCAGAUGUGACUCAUCCUCCUGCAGGAGAUGGGAAAAAGCCUUCUAUUGCUGCUGUGGUUGGUAGUAUGGAUGCCCAUCCCAGCAGAUACUGUGCCACAGUGCGGGUGCAGCAGCACCGCCAGGACAUCAUCCAGGACCUGGCCACCAUGGUGAGGGAGCUGCUCAUCCAAUUCUACAAGUCCACCCGCUUCAAGCCCACCAGAAUCAUCUACUACCGCGACGGCAUCUCUGAAGGCCAGUUCAACCAGUCGCAGGUCCUUCAGCAUGAGCUGCUGGCGAUCCGGGAGGCUUGCAUCAAACUGGAGAAGGACUACCAGCCGGGCAUCACCUUUGUGGUCGUGCAGAAGAGACAUCACACGAGACUCUUCUGUAUGGACAGAAACGAGAGGGUUGGGAAGAGUGGCAACAUUCCUGCAGGCACCACAGUGGACACCAAAAUCACUCACCCAUCAGAGUUUGACUUCUACCUUUGCAGUCACGCUGGCAUUCAGGGUACCAGUAGGCCGUCUCAUUACCACGUGCUCUGGGACGACAACCACUUCUCUGCAGAUGAACUGCAGGUCCUGACCUAUCAGCUUUGCCACACCUAUGUGCGCUGCACCCGCUCAGUCUCCAUCCCAGCACCAGCUUACUACGCCCAUCUGGUGGCUUUCAGAGCUCGCUAUCACUUGGUGGACAAAGAGCACGACAGUGCGGAGGGCAGUCAUACAUCGGGCCAGAGUAACGGGCGGGACCAACAGGCCUUGGCUAAGGCCGUGCAGAUCCACCAGGACACGCUGCGCACCAUGUACUUUGCCUGAGAGCAGACAGCCCCAGGUUGGCGUGGGUGAGACCCCACUGAUGGAACACACUAGCCCUCGCUGUCUCACUGUCAGCUGUAGAUACAGUGGCUUCACAUAGUGAUCCCUACCAUACUGACCUGUCAGUGACCCACACGUCUACAAUUGUACUUCAGCCCCGGACCCACCCAAAUUAAGCCAGCGAUUAGACUGUAAGAUGCUAAAGCAUCCCUCUUUCUUGGGGUUUGUGUUGAAAGGGGUUUUAUUUUCAUGUUGUGCAUAAGUGUGUGUCUAUUAUUUGUGAAAAUAAGUAUGGAAGCAAAAGGACAAGUUUGUACACUGAUAGAAAAAAACUACACUUUUUAGACCAAUGGGCCGUAUCAUUUUACAUUAGGUUAUUUAUCAUUUGGAAGAAGCCGUUUACCCUCUUUCUCCUGCUUCUAUAGUUUGUUAGGGUUUUGGUGCUUGAAGGGAGAAGGAUCAAAUUCAUCAAAAGAUAAAUGGGAGGGGGGGGGAGGGGCUGGUAAAUAUGAUAUGCCUAAAGAGUUGCCCCUCUAAGAAACAUUAUUUAUCAGCCAAUCAAAGCAAAGUGCACUGACCAGACUGGGUUCUUCAAUCAGGACAAAAGUACUUAAUAUAUCGGGGGUUAUGUGUGAUUUUUCACAUACGGCACUAUGUGAUGAGAAGUGCCAUUCGAGACCACCUUUCUGUUGUCAUUUCUGUGGGAACCUUGAAAUAUGACGCCCACAUCUGCGGGGGUUUCAGUAUUUUUCUUUGAUGGACACAGAUGACCAGUUAAUGCCAAAUCUGGUGACAAUUCAUUUACUACAACCCUUGGACCAACACUUUUCAGUUUAUUCUAAGGGGUUCAGUGUUUAGAUCCAACAAUUAAAAACAGCAAUUAUAUCUGCCUCUCUUCUUAGGCUAAACUGACGUCACAAGUAACACUAGUGUUCCCAUGCCGACUGUUUUGGGACCGGUUCCCAAAAAGGAUACCUUUCUGAUGUAGCCUGAGCCGUGUUUGUAAAAGACACAUGAUUUAGAAAUCAACGUAGAGGGGAACUUGAUAAAAUCCUUUUUUGUCUGUUUUUAUAGUCUAACUUAAUUUCAAUCAGUUUUGUAAUAAUUAUGCAUGUAGCUGACUCAUGUUUUAGACAUUUAGGCAUUUGUGAUAAAUGUAUUUUUUUCUUUCCUUUUUACACAUUAACCCUACUUGUAUGUUUUAUUGUAUAUAGCAGCAGGAUAGUGUUUUCUGCAGUUUCUUUGUCAGGGCGGGAUAUUUGUGUGGCGUCUCGAUAUCCAGGCAUUCGGUACAUUGGUGUGAAAGCUGCAUUAUGUAGGAGUAAAACUGAUUGGAAUUCCCCUAAAAAAUAUCGUUUGCUCCAUGAACUAAGAGCAGUUGUCGCACAAAAGCUUGGGUUUUAUGCAAAUGACUUUUUGUGAGUCUUUAUAUGAUAUGUUGGUAAUAAGGUAUAUUUUGAAUAAGCUUUCAGUUGAGGAUGCUGAAAAUAUAGAGAUUUUUUUUUUUAAUUGCCCACGUAGUCUAAAUUAACACUGUCUAUUUGUAUAAAGAUAAUAAAUGUUCUCUUGCCUUCUAAGACUGUUACGGUCUUACUAAUAAUUCUAUACAACAUCCCAUCUAAGUUUUACUACUAAGUUAAGCUCGCAGAGGUUCGCAUAGUGUUGAUUGGACGCGAGUAGUCUAUAUUUUCUAACUAUGCAUCAUUUUUAACCAAGACAUUUAGCAGUGGGCUGUCUCACAUACAUGUGUGUCGUUUAUAGGGGUAGAUAAUCAGGGUUUUUUUUGUUGUCGUUUUUUAGCAUGUUGCAUUUAGUAGCGUUUCUUAGUGCUUAUCAGCAUCUUCAUGCCUUUCUAACGGGAUGAAGCAUUUGUGGUCAUUUGUAGAUUUUAUAGCCUAAAAACUUGUUGUAUCCUUUGUAACACAAAGUCUUUCUUAGCCAAACAAGAUUACAAACUUUUACAUGAUUUGAUAUUCAAAACACAUGGAAGCACAAAAAGGACACCUUGGAUUCAGGUGCUAGAAGUUUUCACUGUAAGACACCUUAAAUCCUCACUGGACUGGUCAACAAGACUUUUUAUCAACAAAAAAAAAAAGAUACUUCAUCAUGUUGAGGAUCUUUUCUCUCCCUUUGACGACGUCUCCGUUUUACCCUUUUUACUCAUAACCUGUAAAACAACUCGAAAUCCGACUGACUGUGUUUGUGGGGCAUUCUGAAAAUCAUGUACUUACUGUUAUGAUGUCAAUAUUGUUCUUAUCGGUGCUGGUCUCAACAUGUACAUUUGGAUGCACUUUUGAUAGCAGAACGUCGGUAUGACUUCUAUAGAUGUAUGUUCCUCAAUGGAAGCAGGGGGCUCGGCCAUAUUGCGUGACACUGGUGUAAUUGUAUGGAAAUGGCCGUGUGUUCUACCUCUUGUUACCUGUUUUAGUGUUAUGGUAACAUCACACUGCUGGCCAUUUCUGUAUAAUUACCCCUGCUAUCUAUCUAAUUGGCAUUGUUUGAGUCUUGCAUUGACAGUAGAGGUUUUAAACGCUUGGUGUGCAUGGCGCUUUAUCAGUUUAUGUAGUAGGGUGACAUUUUAUUUCAUAUUUUACUCAAACUGAUAAUAGAGAAUGUGUUCCUUUUACGGGCGUUGAGCUGUACGACCAAAUUCUUGAAGUGUGUUUGUAUUCACACACAGCUUUCCCUUUUUUAUUUUUCCUUUUUUAUUCUAUGCACCUGGUAAAUGAGACUUCUUUUUUUUUUUCACACCUUAAUUUCCGACAAAUGCAAAGCCCACAUCAGCUUUGACCACUGCGUAUUCUUGAGUUGGAGAAAUUGUAAAUGCGCCUGAGCGGUGCUGUUAGUCUGACUGUUAGAGUUGCUUGCAAACUAAAAACCAAUAGAGGAAACCACACGCUUACAUCCAUGUGACAAUAGGAUUGUAAGCUAUGGUAUUCAGGAAAGCUUUCAUUAGUUAAAAAUCAAAUGCCAACAUGAAUUGAACAUUUCUUGUAAUCUUGCAUUCUGAUUUAUGGAGACAGAAGAAAGCCUUGGUGUUGGGUCUGUGAAUGGAAAUGUCAAUGUCAUUGUGUAGAAAGUUGGAAAGUGUCCCAAAUGAUAGAGUGCUGAAACUCUGAACAUCAAGUAGUCUUUAUAGGAGACGGCUUUGUACUCGUUGUUACUGCUUCUUUCCCGUUAGACAUGACCUAUACCAGCACCUUAAAAUGACAGAUCAGAACGGCAUUGCUUUUUCCGAAGAUUAAAUUCAAACAUUUGACAAUGUUGUUUUUGUACUAAACAAGAAUGGACUUUUGUAGCUGUUGCAUCAUUAAAGAGUGUUUAUCAGGUGGCAGACUGGCAGCUGUUUUUUUAUUUACAAAGGAGCAGUUUUCUAAAAUACAAGAGGCGUAUCCAACAGGCUUCAGAGCCUCAGUGUGCGCUCUUAAGAAAGCCAAGCCUGCUCAUCAAGAUGGAUUCUACCUAGCUAACCAGCAUUCAACAUGUCGUCUUGGAGAAAUAUCCUAAAGCCUUUUUUAAAUGUUAAAAAAAAAGCAGAGUGAAGCUUGUAGGUGCUUUGCCUUUGUACAGUGACGGGGAAGAAAGGUGCUUUUAUGCAAAACAACAUAACUGACAGGUGUUGAAAAGAGCCGACUAGCUACGGACCGAGGCUUGGAUCCCAAAGUGCUGCGAGGAUGACGAGUAGUUUGACACGUUCACAAUGAAUAGAAAAAAUAAAGGCCUCUUUGUGUGUCAGACCCCAACAUAAACUAUACAUAUCAAGAUUCUGAAGAGGCGUUUUACAUACAUCUGCUUGAUCAUGAUGAGCUAAGUCAAUAAUAUGUUUUGAACAAGCAAAUGAACACAACAGCCUGGAUGAAUGUGGCACUGCUUUAUGUUUAAAGGUGCCGAGGUUAAUGCCCGGCUGGCAACCCUAAUGACAUCACUUCACCUCAGUUACACUGUUUUUGUGUCCAGGACAAAGCAGGUUGUAGAAGUGGCUGGUUUGUAAGAUAAAUUGCAUAUCAUCAGUUAAUAUUAAUCUUUUUUUAUUUGUAAGUAUGUUCAACUAUAGGGCCGAACGGCUGAGGUGAAGUUCCUCCAAUUGGAACGAUCAGCCUGUUUGCUUUUGAAUGGUCUUGGAAUAAAAUAAUGCUCGACAACCUAUAAAUCUGUUUAUUCCAAACUACGACCCUAUGUAUAGUAACGUCUCUCUCUGCCUCUCAUCCGUCUCUUGUAGAGAAAUUAUUCCUGACAUAAAGACACCUCUUGUAGAGUAGAACCUAUUUUCUUAGCUCCAAAUAUUAACAAUGAAUGUACUUAGAGCCUGUGUGGUCUGUAAUAUCAUAGAGGCUGUCCAUCCAGUACAUUUAUACUCAUGUUUGCCUCUUGUGUACAGCCUUUUUCGUUUGGGUGUUUCUCUCUUAUUUAUAGGAUAUAAUAAUAGCAGAAAGUAUUAUGUUCUUUCUUUUAAUAUUUCAUUUAUUAAGAUAUCGCCCACAUCACAGCUGGUAUCGUUCAUCUUGUCACUGAGGAGGUAUACAGGUCUACAGUUGCGAUGUUUGCUACUGUAGUUUUAGCAGACAGCGUUUCUCUAUUUCCGGCGUCACGCUUGUGUGAGUUGCUGUAACAUAAGAGUUGUGUGUGUAUAUAUGAUGGUUGCUUUGAUGUGUGAUCUUGUUUGCUGUUAGUUUUCGGCUUCUGCUUUAUCCCCUCGGUCUGAUAUUCCUUUCAAAAUCCUCCCGAGAUCAGCUCACUAACUCAUCAGCGCAGGGCCACUUGUUGAGUGUUGCUUGUGUUCCUUACUUUUGCUAAUUGUAUGACACAGCCGUUUUUUAUAAAUUUUAAAAAGUACAUUUGAUCACAUACAUGGCAUCGGCUGGCUUCAGCAAGCCUACUUUUCCUCUUGUUCCUUGACAGACAGUCAUUAUCAUGCCAAUGUCCACACCAUUACCUGCAGCCAUGUGACACUGGGGUGGGUCUUCGCAGUUAAACUUGACCUAUAUCAUUGUUUUUAUCUACACGUCUAAAUUAUUGAGCACACAUUUUAAAUGAGCUACUGGUAGACCUGAGAGAAGAAGCCACAUGUCCACCGAUCGCAGCUACGUUUCAUUUUGGUGGUUUCGCUUGGUUUUUAUUCCCAUUACCAACUUAGCAGCUUUGUGUGGUUUACAAACAUUAUACCUGCUAAACAUUAUUAGCAUCAUCAUUGUUAGCAUAUUAGCUGAUGUUAGUAUUCAGCCCUACAAACUGCAAUGCUAAAGUUCAGCCUCAAAGAGCUACCAACAUGCCUCCAGAGUCUUUUCCAUGUUUCAGUAACAUAUUGAAAACAGAUUUGCAUCUGCAUUAAUUCUGAUCAAUGGGGUACAAAUGAUUUGAUUACGGUUCACAGUGUGACAUCGUGUCCUUAUGUUGUAACUGUCAGGCAUCAAGUCAUGACAAUCCAUCGUCAGUGUGUGUAUAUAGGCAUGUAUGGACAUUAACAAGUGACUUUAUAGCCUCAUAGACAACAAACUAAAUGGGUUGGAGUAAGGAUGGGAGCCAUUGAUCUCUAGCAGGUGUAAGCUAGCUAAAAUGUGCGCUAGCUGCGACCGUUGGACCGCGUGUCUGUAGAGUAGAACUGUUACUGAGCUUCACCAAACCAAUGCCAUCCAGCUGACUUACAUGUAUCCAAUGCAAGACUCAUGGGUAUUUUUGUAUUUUCAAAGCAUUUCUAGUCUUCAGAAUGACUUGGCUUUUUAUUUACCAACUUGAAAAAAAAAGAAACUACCUCAGAGCAGUGUCGGGUGCUAGCUAAUAUUAGCCCUCAUUUAUAAUAAUGGUAACAAAAAUCAAAAAAAUAGUUGUGACCAAACCAAUACAAGCCAAUAUUGUGUGAGAGCACUGCUCUUUUCUUGAACCUUAAUAAAUGGAAAACCAAGUGAUCGUGUUUGACUGGUUGGUUGCUUUAGUUGGUUACAUUCUAGGGGACCACUUUUUUGUAAUUGGGAGACUAAUUGUUUCAUGCAAGUCAAACUAAAAAAACUACCGAGCACAACCUGGGACUCGUGGGGAAGUAAAGUGAAAUCAUGACUGGAGCAUAAAGUAAUUACAUCACUACGACAAUGCGUCGGCCAUAUUGAGGAAUGUUUGUAGUGGCGGUGUUAUGGAAAUAUGUAUGUACAGCAAUAAUGUUGGUGCGUGGGCUGUGGAUUGUGGGUAAUUAGUCUUUACAGCAGUCUGUCUUCUGAAUGCAGGUCAAGGCAAUGUUCAAUGGACUGAGUUAGCAGGACAACACUUUGCAAAUAGGUCAUUUAAUUUGUCUCAAUAUUAGGAACUAGCUUCUCCUGUUUUACCAGUGUUAAAAUAAUUAGGUUUCAUACUGGAUAUAGCCACUCCACGUUAUUAAAUAUCUACUUUUCCCUGCCGUGUUAACCCAGUACUGCAAUAAAACCUGGAUCCCUGUUUUUUUACUCUCUUCAUUUCCGCUUCUCUUACAAUAUGCCAAACUCAACGCUGUUUUUAUUAGGGUUAUAAGAUGUAGUUUUUGCAUGCAACAAUUCACAAAGGGAAUAUACACAUACUUUACAAUGUAGCAGAACAUUGUAGGCUUCAGCGAAAGGUACAAGGAGGCUGUGCGGCCAUUAACUGCAGAUUUUUGUGAUUCAGUCUAAAAACAUUCGGUGUGUUUGUUCGUAAUCGUUCUAUGUGUGCCUUUUUGUCGGAUCUCUCUCUUCUCCAUCUGCCCCAACAUUGGGUUUGUGAGUCCUUUUUUAUAGGUUUGACAAAAUCUGCUGCGUCACAUAUACAAAACAAUUUUUAAUUAUCCUGCAACCUUGCGUGUAGAUGCUGCAUAGAACGAUCAGUAUUUGUGUGUAUGCACUUUCAAAGCAGUCUCAAAAAGAAAUGAGGUUGGGCGGAAAGUAAAAAAAGAAACUGACGAGGUAUUUUAUGCUAUCAAUAGGAAUUAUAAGGAAUAUGAUUUUGAAGAGCUUUUCUAAAAAGGUUGAUAUAUCUAUAUAUAUUCAUGGAGUACCUCAUAAGCCUGAUAUAUGCUGCAUUGACUUUUUUUCUGUAGUGUACUUCAUAUUGUCCAAUAACAUUUUAAUUUGUUCCCCCUUUUGGGAGGUUUGAAUGUCACGACAGGCUGUGCACACGCCGCAACCAGUAAAUCUGAUUCUCUUGAAACAAAAGAGUAUGUUUGUGGCCAAAUGAUAACGUGUCAUUUAUGCAAUUUCUACGCAAAUCUCAUAAUCUCACUUGUAGCCACAUCAUAUUUCUGUGUCUUUUUGUUUGUAUGUGUAGCCAAAAAAAAAUGGGGUUUAGUUGAGGAAAGCGCACACCAAGCGUCCUGCGAGGCUCUGUGGUUUGACACAACUGUUGACUCAGGUAUUGUCGUGAAAAAGGGCUGAAUCUGCUGACUGUGUCCCCGUCCCAAACCUCCCCCUUCUGCACCUUUGUCUUAAAAAUAGCCUUAGAUCUACACGUGAGGUUCCUAUUUGGCCUUAAAAGUUGAACAAAUUAUGCACUACAAAUUCACAGACUUGACAGAGAGCUCGAUUCCCGUUCAGACACGUUUCUUGAAGAGUUUGCGUCGCGUCAUUGUUAUCUACCUCCUAUGAAUGUAGGGGCUGUCCUGGAGUUGUAGUGGAAUGCAAAACUUUUCUCGCUCAUUUAAGAAAGACAGAGGACAAUCUGUAGUUUCUUUUAACAAAUAUAAAAUGUAUUGCCCUAUUCAUUCAUACGUAGAUUCCAGGACACUCCAUUUUUCUUGUUUUUUCCCCUCAUUGGCCAUGUUCAUUUUAUACCUUUUUUAUUCUCAUUGUAAGCCAUGACGGAGAAGCAAAGUGACCAAAGUCUCUUGGCGCAGGCAGCGCUGCACAGCUGUGUGAAUUCAAACCUCCCUUCAUUUGUGUUAUUCUGAGCUCGUUUUGAGUUGUCUAUUUUAUUUGUUUCUAUCUCUUUCUCCUCCCUUAUUUAAACCACGACAUGCCAAAACUGAAUUUGCUGUCAUUCCUGUUCUGGUUGGGGUCUUUAUGUUGCUGAUUUUAAUUUGUUCACAUCCACUGCUAAGCUCCUCGUUUCUUGUUGUUGUAAAAGGUGUAAGCUUUGAUUUCUAUUUUACAUUUCCUUAUUUUUGUUAACAAUUUAUGCUUACAGAACACAAGAUAUGCUGUAAACCCUGUUAGGACAUAAUGUGAAUACGUAUCACUUAAUAUAGUUCACUAUUUGGCUUGACUGUAAGUUGCGUUAAUUAAUAAAAAUGUUUUAAAAGUUU